CUGCUUUAUAAGUUUGAGACACGUCAUUUAUUAUUUCUUUCAACAAUACGUCAUUAAAAGUCAUUUUCAUUAGUCACCGAUAAUUUAAUAUUUAAACCGCAUUGAGUUUUGUUUUAGUUGAUUCUUUACCGUGUUGUGCUGCUGCUAGUAUUGUAGCUGUUGAUUUUUUUGUUGUAAGAGUAGAAUUUACAAAGUGCCACAAUGAGUUUACAGUGGACCAUCAUCGCGACGUUCUUGUACGCCGAAAUCGCAAUCGUGCUCCUCUUGACAUUGCCGAUCGCAAGUCCAUCAAAAUGGCAGAGAUUUUUCAAGUCAAAAUUCCUCGCUUACAUAAGUGGUCAAGCGUCUAUUUACUUUUUAAUUCUUAUUGGAGUGCUAGUACUAUGCCUUCUCGAUGCCAUCCGCGAGAUGCAGAAGUACUCGAACAUCGAGUCUACCGACCACCAGCACUUGGACGCGGAGAUGCAAGGUAACAUGAGGCUGUUCCGUGCUCAGAGAAACUUCUACAUUUCUGGGUUUGCGUUAUUCUUGCUGGUAGUCAUUCGCCGGUUGGUCCAACUGAUUUCGCAGUUGGCGACUCUUUUGGCACAGUCCGAGGCUAACUUCCGUCAAGCGCAGAGCGCUACAGUUACUGCCAGGGACCUUCUGGAAAAGGCUGGCGCCGGUGACGAGCAGAAUAAGAAAGAGCUAGAUGAACUGAAGAGCAAAAUCACAUUGCUGGAGAAGGAAUUGAACAAAGAGAAGAAGGACAAGGAAGCUGUGAAAUCCCAGGCUGAGAGCCUCAACAAGGAGUAUGACAGACUUGCUGAGGAGCACAGCAAACUACAGAAGAAGCUGACAGUAGCCAGUGGAGGUGACUCCAAGAAGGAUGAAUAGAUUUGUCCGUUGUUAAGUCAUGGUCUGAUAAGUUAGUGAUGUUUAAAGUCCAAUUCUAAUUACCAAGUCUUCACAUCACUGUUUAAUGCUAAAUGAACAACUUGGGAACAUACUUGACAUCAUUCUAUUCAAAAUAAGCAAUGAUGUAAUUGUGAUUCCAGUUAUACUAGAUCUAUGAAUAGGUUGCCUUAAUUUUUGUUGUAAGGUCUAUAAAAUUUGGUCAUCGGAGAAUGUUUACAUACCUAAUAACUAAUCUGAUAAUAAUCUAAUGUCCACAUAAUUAUUGUUACAACUAAUUAGAUACUAAUGGCAUUAUUGAGAGUAAUGUUUUGCAUUUAUUUUUGUUACACCAAAACAUUUAAAACGUAAAAUAAUAGCUUCUAUACAAUUAUGGUAACACUGUUAAUCAAUUAUUAGAUUCCAUUAUAAAUGUAAUGCCAUGUGCUAAACAGAUGGUUGAUCAAUGAUAUUUAUAUAAUUCUUGUUGUAUGAAAGUGGAAUGAAUAUUCAAUGCUUUCUAAAGCACUUUUUGUGCACAUGUUACUUCUCAGGUAUUUUUGUAUAACAUAAAAAUGAUAAGUAGGUACUAUGUAAGUUGAUUUGUAUAGCAAAAAGUCUGAAUUGUUAAUUUAUUUGUUUUAUUUUUUAUUAAAAAGACAAGCAAUGCAUAAUUUAUUGUAAUAUAAACCAGUUUGCAAUGUCGAUGAAAUCAUAAAAUUUUUGUUUUCUUUUUAAAUCUACCCUAAACAUACCUUUUGUGAAUGUUUGUUAUGUAAUAUGAUUAUUGCUUUAACUAGAUUGUCUUUGGUUGCCUUGAACAUUAAGAACCAAAGUUCAAAGUACAUAAUUACCGGUUUAACUAAAUAAAUGAUGAGUCAUCUCACAUUGCCUAUUUUGAACAUAUGUUUAGCAUAUUUCGUCAUUCAAGAAUUCCAAGGCUUACUUCGUUAGAUCGCACAGAAAAUUUAUACUACAAUGACGAAAUAAUUUCGCGGCUUUUGACUUAUAGGCAUUUUGCUUAGAAUUUUUCUCAAUAUAAUAUUACCUAUUUUAUGUUAAUUUCUAAUGUUUGUGGAAUGUUCAACCUUUUAAUUUAUCACAGACAUAGAGCAUUAAGGUAGAGUAAUGCACAUUUGAAUAAAUAGAAAGCAGAGGUGAAAAAUAAAUACCUACUUGCAAUGGCGGACACUGGUUCAAUGACCUUUUGACAUAAUACUAGCCUAACGGUUUAUUUUUUUUACCCUAUAUGGGUGAAGGUCGUUUAUUAGAAAAACGCAUGUGCAUUUUUUUUCAUUCUGUGUUUGUGGUAAAUGUACUAAACUAAACUUUUUUUACAAUUUGUAUAGCUAUAAAUAAUUUCGGUCGGGUUGUUAUGGGUAGUCUAGCAAGAGGGUUUGUUUGUGAUUUGUACUCUUAUACUAUUUUCAGUGUUGCUUCGAAAUAAAUUUGUAUUUUUA